AUGGUAGAUGUCCGAGAACUCCUUCGAAACGAACUCGCGUCACGACAAAUCUCUAGCUCGAAAACUGCCAAAAAACGCAGACACGGCCUCGAGUUAGAGCCAGCACGGAAGAAGCCCAGGGCGGAUACGGAAGACAAGCCAGAAGAUGAGAGCACCGCUGUCAUCAAUACUGAAACCGAGCUACCGGAGAGGUCAUCACCUACCCGCAAGCUAGGGCUCAACACUGCGGAUACAGUGGAGGUGGAACCGGAGAUAGAUACAGAGGAGCUUCCACCAGCACCCGACAACCAAGGCGUUGAUGAGGACGAGUGGGCAGCGUUUGAGCGUGAGGUUGCCCAGCCUUCCAGAGAACAACCUCCAACCACGAUAAAUACUUCUGUCACAAUAUCUGCUGCUCCUGUGUCUGCGGCUGAGCUUGAGUCGCGUGAACGUGAAGAUCGAGAGACUGUGGCAAAGAACAGGGAAGCAGCGUUACUGGGGGACCGUGAAGAUGCAACUAGAUUCUUAGAAGAAGAAUUUGACGAGAUGGAGGAGCUGGAUCAACGUGUAAAACGGCUAAAGCAGAUGCGGGAUGAGAUUCGUCGCAAACGGGAGGAAGAGAGCCGAAGGACCAACGUUGCAGAAAAGAGUGGGCUACCAGAUGAUAAUCCUAAAAUUGUUGAUGGGAGUGAAGAAGAAGAAGAAGAGGGCGAUGAUGACGAGGAAGAAAACUGGGAUGAUUGGGGAUUUAGGUGA